CGGCAUCGCGUCGCGCGGCGUCACGAUGGCGCCUCCCCCCGAUGGCGGCGGCGGCGACCGCGGCGCGAAGCCGAAGAAGCGCGUGGACGAGCACGGCGUCGUGCACGACGACCGCUUCUCCAUGAUACACAGCGACCCGCGCUUCAUGCGAUUCCCGGACGUCGCGAAGCAGGUGAAGAUCGACAAGCGAUUCUCAAAGAUGUUCAGCGACCCGGCGUACGCCACGGGGAUACACAACCGAGGCGGGAUGGACAAGCGGGGGAGGCGGACGGAGAAGGCGAAGAAGUCCAAGGCGGGGGACGACCUGAAGGAGUAUUAUCGCAUGGACGACGACGACGCGGCGGCGGCGGAGGAGGAGGAGGAGGACGGGAAGGUGAUGAAGAAGAAGAAGAAAAAGUCGGCGGCGGCGGCGGCGGCGAAGGAGAAGACGAAGACGAAGCCGAAGCCGCGCGCCGAAGAGGAGGAGGAGGAGGAGGACGGCGAUUCUGACGAUUCUGACGACGACGAGGAGGAGGAGGAUGAAGAAGACGUGGACGCGAAGCUCCAGGCGAGCCGCGACCGCUUGCGCGGCGUCGGCCUCGACGAGUCCGACGACUCCGAUGACGACGACUCCGACGACGACGACGCCGACGACGACUCCGACGCGUCCGAGAGAUCGAAAUCGAAAUCCGACUCUGAGGAAGAGGGCGUCAUCCCGCGCAUGCUCGCCGGCGUCGUCGCGCCCGCCGCGUCGGGCGAGGACGUCCCCACGAUCGACGCGACGCGACGCAUCGCGAUCGUGGACCAGGAGUGGCAGCAUCUCAGAGCGGUGGACCUCCUCGUGGUGCUCAGGCGCUGCGACGGCCUCGAGUUCGAACGCAGCAGCUGCCGUCUCGACCUGCGGUACGUCCCGGACGAUCAGAGCUUCGAGGGGAGGGAGGUUCGCGACGUCGCGACGGAGGUUCCGAGCGACUACGAGCCGCCCGACUUCCAGAUGAAAGCGUUGCAGCACACGAACGUGAAACUGUCGUGGGACGACGACGAUCCGACGCGGACCAAGGCGCUGCGAAGGAAACUCACGGAGGACCGACUGAAGGACGAGGACUUCGCGGCGUACAUGGGCAGCGACAGCAGCGAGGAGGAGGAGGAGGAGGAGGAGGAGGAGGAGGAGGGUGCCGAUGAGGGUGCCGAGGAGGAUGGUGACGUGGCGGGUGAUGACGUGGACAAAUCCGCGGACGGGAAGAAGCUCGCGGCGAAGCAAAAGUACCUCGCGCUUCUCCUCGGCGGCGGCGGCGGCGGCGACGACGACGACGACGGCGACGGCGGCGGCGACGCGUCAGAGGACGAGGGGUUCAGGCGCGCGGCGUGGGGCGGCGCGAAGUCGAUCGCGAGUAAUAACGCCUCCAAGGCGGACCGUUACGGAAACAAAGGCGGCGCGAAGCCGGGGAUGGGGGAAAAGGGCGACAUGGAGGUGACCUUCCACGCCGGUUUGGAAGAGUUCGGCGCGCGCAUGAAGAAAAAGCAGGAGCGGGGGGGUCUGAAGAAGACGGAGACGGUGUGGGAGAAGCAGGUCCGCGAGAGAGAAGAGAAGGCGGCCGCGAAGAAGCUCGCGAAGAAGCUCGCGAAGAAGGGCUCGAAAGACGACGACGACGACGACGCCGACGCCGACGACGCUGACGCCGGCGGCGGGUUCGACGACCCCUUCUUCCUCGAAGGCGGCGACGGCGACGGCGUGGACUGGGACGCCGGCGGCGACAGCGACGACGAGAUCGGCGAGAAGAAAGGCGACGCGAUCAAGAAGAAUAACCUUAAGAAGAAAGGCGGACGCGCCGACGACGCCGCCGACGCCGACGACGACGAAGACGCGUUCGCGCUGAAGAAGGAUGCCGGGAAAAAAGCGAAGAAGAAGGCGUCGAGGCUCGCCGAGGAGGACCCGCAGAGCGCGAAAGAACGCGCGGACUUGGAGCUGCUCAUGAUGGACGACGACCUCGUCGCGGGCGGCGCGAAGGGUAUAUAUUCUAACGCGCCCGCGUCGGCCGUUACGAAUGGUACCGUUGAUGACGACGCCGCGCCGAGGCGGAAACUCACGCGGAAGGAGCGUCUGGCGGCGAAGAAGAAGACGUCCGGGAAAGCGGCGCGGCGGGCGGAGAGCGACGACGAGGACGCGGAAGAUGGAAGGUCAACCGGCACGGGUGCCGCGCGGCAACGGCAACCGAUUGACGUGGACGACGCGCGGUUCUCGAAGCUGUACGACUCGCACCUGUUCGCGCUGGAUCCCACGGACCCGAGGUACAAGGACGUGUCCGCCGCGGACGUCAUCGCGAAAGAACGCGACGCGCGGCGGCGGCGAAAGGAGAAGGACGCGUCGUCGUCCUUGGGGAAAAAGAAAACGGUCAUCAAUCAAACGGCUGAAGAAGACGAAGCGACGAAGGAGAAGAAGCGGAAGAGCCGCGGCGACGCGGAGCUCAGCGCGAUGGUCGCCGGGUUAAAGAGGAAGCAAGCGCGCGCGUCGUGAUGACUGCUGUGCGGUAGUACGCGCGAACUGAAUCGACCGUACAGUAUUUU